GUCUGAGGCCCGUUUGCCCUGAGCAUUCACUGCUUGGGCAGAUAAUGUUCCUGAGCUAGACUGGCUCCAUGGAUAGUCAUAGUUCCCACAAGGCAGUGCUGCUGGCCCCAUCAACUGAUGGGGAGCCCACAGCAGGCGACCCCUGUGAUUCCUCCCCAGAUCCAAACGUGGAUUCAGGGGAGGCUUUGGAGAAGCAGGGUGACCAACCCAAGAGCCCAGAUCUAGGUGUGCAUGACAAUCUGCUCCCACAGGGCCCGAACCCAGAAGUGGCCAACGAAGAAGAGAACAACACUGUCCUUGGGCUGUCCUUUCCCAGGAAGCUCUGGAGGAUCGUGGAGGAUGCGACCUUCACCUCUGUGCACUGGAACGACGAAGGAGACACAGUGGUCAUCGAGGCAGAUCUCUUCCAGACGGAGGUCCUCCAGCACAGAGGUGUGGACCAGAUCUUCGAGACAGAUAGCAUAAAGAGCUUCAUCCGUGAACUGAACCUGUACGGGUUCAGGAAAAUCCGCCCUUCGGGUUGCUGUGCAGGGAAGAAGAAGAUGAUGAUCUAUCGCAACUCCAAUUUUCAGAGAGACAAGCCUCUGCUCCUGCAGAAUAUAAAGAGGAAAGGUGACCCCAGAACGACUUCUCAGCCUGCCACUGGAACAACAGCAACCCCAAAGAGAAAGAAGCAAGUGGUGGCAACCACAUACUCUCCUCAACUCCACCACAAUGAGUUCACCAAAGAGGGUGGCAACAAAGUCCAGGAGGGAAUGCCAACUGCUCACAGAACCCUCAGCCAGUGCUCAUUUGUCUUCUCUGACUUUGGGUCUAUGGGAAGUGUAGCCAGGCAGGCUGGGGGAAACCAUCUCCCCAGUGAGCAGGGCAGCCCCAGUGGAAAGGGCACAUCCAGCAAUGCCACAUCUGUGCCCCCAGCUACUGCUGGAAAGGACAGCCCAGGGGAACUGCCUGAGAGUGCCCUGGUGUACCCAGAUUAUGAAUCGGUGAUGACUUUGUACAACACCUGUUACUCCAUCCUGAUGGCGGGCCUUUUAGUCAUGGCCCCAGACGAGGCCUCUGAGUCAGAGGAGGAGCAGGGAGAUUCCUCAGAUUAUGAGUGUGCCCUCUGUGAGCAGGUCAAGAACAAGCCCAAUCCCUGAGCUGCCAGAUCCCUAGGGAUACUCAAAAGCACUCUCUUGUAAUCAAAAAUAGAUUUC